CGCUGUGUGUACAAGUAUUUAUUAGAAUAUUGUUUCUGUUUGUACAUUUUUUUGCAAUGAGUUUGCCAACGAAAGUGGUCCCCAAACCCGCCACUGUCUCAGUCAGCGGACAAGGAAGGGGCCCCUCUCCGUCGAGCCAGCUGCGGACUGCCCUGACCUCAGUGUCUCUACCGCCGGGAGCUCCGGUCGCUCCCCAGCCGGCCGCCGGUCUGCCACCUCAAAUACCAAGGGUCCAGCAGUCGAUAGACGAGCGCAUCUUCUCACAGCCUGGAGUCACUGCAGUCUAUACCAUACCCAGGCAUGCUGGGCCUCAGUAUGCUGCUCACGACCUCUCAAAGGGCCACCCCGGCUUGGCGUGCACGCCCCCCAACCACCCCCACUCCGCCGCGCUCUCUCAGGUAUCGCUCGCCACAGCGUCGGCGUACCGCUACCCCAAGGGCUGGGAGACAGGCCCAGGGUCUCCAUACAACCCUGUACAGAACCCUGGCUCCGCCCCUCUAGUGUACUCUACUCAAACGCAGCCAAUGAAUGCACAACCUCAGAGUCGUCCGUUUGCAACGGGCCCUCGACCAACACACCAUCAGGGAGGAUUCAGGCCCGUCCAGUUUUUCCAGAGGGCCCAGAUGCAGGCGGCCCGGCCCACGCUGCCCACCAACCCCCCCUCCCUGAGGCCCGGGGCUCAGAACCCCCCGGCGGCCGUCUACCCCCAGAGCCAGCCCAUCAUGAUGACCAUGGCCCCCAUGCCCUUCCCCUCGCCACAGGCCGCCCAGUACUACAUCCCACAGUACCGCCACAGUGCUCCCUACGUGGGCCCCCCCCAGCAGUACUCCGUACAGCCCCCCACCACCGGAGCCUUCUACCCUGCUCCCGGCCACGGAGAGUUCCCCACCCCCUACCACCCCCUCAGGUACCACGCUCCGGUGUCCCCCGCCGUAGCGGCGCCGGUCCAGACGGCGGGCCCGGCCUACUACCAGGGGACGCCCCCCGGAGUGGUGUUCCCCCCCUCGCCCCCCGUCAUAGUGCCUACGCCGCAGCCGCCUCCCCCCGCCAAACGAGAGAAGAAGGCAAUCCGUAUCCGGGACCCCAACCAGGGCGGCCGCGACAUCACUGACGAGAUCAUGUCGGGGUCCGGGAGCCGGAACCCAACGCCCCCCGUUGGACGGCCCUCCUCCACCCCCACCCCCCCACAGCAGCAGGCGAGCAGCAGGCAGACGCCGGAGCUCCAGCCCCCCCCCCCGCCGGGGCCGCCCGCCCAGCACCAGCGGACUCCCUCUCCUGGGGCCUACACCCCGGAGCCGCAGGGCCCGCCCCCCGGGGCUACUGCCGCCGCCGACACCACGCCUCGGCCAGAUGAAAUACCAAAAGUUGAGCCGGGCCUCCAGAAGUCUUCCUCUCCUGGCCCGCUGCAGCCCGACCCCGCAGUGAGGAGACGGGAGGCCAGCCCCCCCGCCUCCCCUGCUGAGACCCCCAAGCCUCCCUCAGCGGCCCCUCCAGCAGGCCCCCUGCCUAUCGCAGCAGAGGCCAGCGCUGGGGAACGCCCCUCCACCGUGGAGCCCUCCUCCACCGUGGAGCCCUCCUCCACCGUGGAGCCCUCCUCCACCGUGGAGCCCUCCUCCACCGUGGAGCCCUCCUCCACCGUGGAGCCCUCCUCCACCGUGGAGCCCUCCUCCACCGUGGAGCCCUCCUCCACCGUGGAGCCCUCCGCCACCGCCACGGAGCCCACAGUCCCCCUGGCACCCCCUCCAACACAGAGCCCCAAGGAGCCCCAGGCCUUGCUUGCAGCCCCUCCUCAGACCCCCAGCACAGAGCAGCCUCUUCCAGAGACCCCCUGCGCUCUGGCCACUCCACCGGUCCAAGCUCCCGAGGCCCUCAAUGGCCUCGAAGACCCCCCAGCCGAGCCGCACUCCCCAGCGCAAGAGCCUUCCCCUCUGGCCUCAGCUGUACUCCAGCCCCAGGCUUCGUCACCGGCCUCUAAAGAGGUUUCCCAGGAGCCGCUGGCCACAGAGAAGAGCCCGGUGGGGGCCACUGCUUGCCCUGGGGCCCAUGUGGCCCUUAAGACUCCUGUCGCCGUGGUUCCGGUCACCCUGUCCUGCUCCUCUGCCCCCUUGACGUCCAUGCCUGCGCCCCCUCCUGGCCUGCCCCCGCUGGUGCAGGCCCCGGCGGAGGCUGGGGAGCCCAGCAAGCCUGUGGACACUAAAGCUCUUCCUCUGAAAGCGGGCCUGGAGUCCCCUACUGGGCUGGCUGAUGGCACGGCAGGGGCCCAGAAGGCAGGGGCCCAGAAGGCAGGGGCCCAGAAGGCAGGGGCCCAGAAGGCAGGGUCCCACCCGCAAGCACUCGCCAGGAAGAGUCCCACUACAGUCGGCCAGACUUCUUCUGCCACACCAAAGAGCUGGAGGAAACCAAACGAGGUCCCUGGAGGAGAGGGCCCCCAGAAGGAGAGCAAGGAGGAGCAGAGCCCCCUGCGGUGCUGCCCCCACACCCCCCCGCGCCCGGCCGCCCUGCUGCCCACGCCCAACAUCCCCCCCACCAUCCCGGCCCGGUUCCUGGUCAGGGGGGCCCCCGCCCAGCCCGCCGCCCCGGAGGAGAACGGAGAGGCGGAGCCCAUGAGGAACGGGGCGGGGCCUAUGAGGAACGGGGCGGGGCCUAUGAGGAACGGGGCGGGGCACGCCUCGGAGACGGAGAGCAGCGACAGCGGCGGCGGCCCGGGGGACAAGGAGAGCUCCGGAGCCCCGGACACGGAAGACCUGGCGGAGUCCCCCGGGAAGAGGCAGUACAACAGGGACUACCUGCUCCGCUUCCAGUUCAUGCCGGCCUGUGUUCAGAAGCCCGAGGGGCUCCCAUCAAUCAGUGACGUGGUGCUAGACAAGAUCAACCAGACCAAGCUGCCAUCCCAGCAGCAGCAGCAGCAGCAGCGCGUGUCAGAGCCGCGCGUCGUCUCCAGGGGACCCGACUUCACGCCUGCGUUCGCCGACUUUGGCAGACAGAUGACCGGGGCUCGCGGUCCCCCUAUGGUCAACAUGGGGGCUCGCCGCCCCCCUCCCAGAAAGAUCAUCAUGAACGUGUCGGACGACAUCCAGCUGAAGAAGUCUGAGAACGCCUGGAAGCCCGGCCUGAAGAGAGAGGCUGUGGGAGAGGAGACGGAGGUGAACCAGACACAGGAGCUGUUCCGGAAGGUGCGCAGCAUCCUGAACAAGCUAACCCCCCAGAUGUUCAACCAGCUGAUGAAGCAGGUGACGGACCUGACCAUCGACACCGAGGAGCGUCUGAAGGGUGUCAUCGACCUGGUGUUCGAGAAGGCCAUCGACGAGCCCAGCUUCUCCGUCGCCUACGGCAACAUGUGCCGCUGCCUGGCAACGCUUAAGGUGCAGAUGACAGACAAGCCCAACACCACGGUGAACUUCCGCAAGCUGCUGCUGAACCGCUGCCAGAAGGAGUUUGAGAAGGACCAGGUGGACGACGUGGUGUUUGAGAGGAAGCAGAGAGAGUUGGAGUCUGCUGCAUCGGCUUCGGAGCGGGAGCUGCUCCAGGCGGAGCUGGAGGAGGCUAAGGACAAGGCCCGGAGGCGCUCCAUCGGGAACAUCAAGUUCAUCGGGGAGCUCUUCAAGCUGAAGAUGCUGACGGAGGCCAUCAUGCACGACUGCGUGGUCAAGCUGCUGAAGAACCACGACCAGGAGUCACUGGAGUGCCUCUGCCGGCUGCUCACCACCAUCGGCAAGGACCUGGACUUCGCCAAAGCCAAGCCACGCAUGGAUCAGUAUUUCCGUCAGAUGGAAAAGAUUGUCAAGGAGCGGAAGACGUCGUCACGGAUACGGUUCAUGUUACAAGACAUUAUAGACCUGCGGUUGCACGACUGGGUGUCCAGGAGAGCCGACCAGGGCCCCAAGACCAUCGAGCAGAUCCACAAGGAGGCCAAGAUCGAGGAGCAGGAGGAGCAGAGGAAGGUGCAGCAGCAGCUGCUCAACAAGGACGCCGCCAAGCGACGGCCAGACCCCCGGGAGCAGAGAGACCAGAGGGAGCCGCGGACCCCCAGGGAGGAGACCUGGAACACGGUGCCCAUGACCAAGAACAGCAGGACCAUCGACCCCAACAAGCUCAUGAAGAUCUCCAAGCCUCAGAUGGAUGAAAAGAUCCAGCUAGGACCUCGGGUCAGCUGGAUAAAGGGGAGCAGUGGGGGCGCCAAGGCCGGCGACUCAGAAGGGUCCAGGUCCGGUGGCAGCAGUCUGAACCGGUACUCGGCCCUCCAGGCCACCCCCCCCGUCCCGGGGUCCCCGGCCCCCGCCCAGAACGCAGACUACGACUCGCGGAGAGCCCUGGGGAGCCGCAGUACGGGCAGAGAGCGCAGCGACAAGCCCCUGAGCCCGGUCCCCGCGUCGUGGCCCGGGCCCGUCUCCAGGGCCGGCAGCUCCAGGGACCUGAUGGAGGAGAAGGAGGGGGAGGAGCCCCGCAGACCCAGCCCCCACGAGGAGAAGGCGGAGCCAGAGAGGAGCCGGGCCAAGGAGGCCGGUAAGAGCCCCAGAACCCCCUGGAGAGAACCGGGGGCGCUGGAGCAGCAAUACGAGAUGGAGGAUACGGUCUAUAGAGUCCGCCCUGGGCCGGCCACCGUCCCCGACGGGCCGCUGCUCCCUGAGGAGGAGGAGGUGGAGAGGAGGUCCAAGGCCAUUAUCGACGAGUUCCUGCACAUCAACGACCUCAAGGAGGCGGUGCAGUGUGUGGGGGAGCUAAAGGGGGGGUCCCACCUGCAGGUGUUUGUGCGUGUGGGGGUGGAGUCCACGCUGGAGCGCAGCCAGAAGGCCCGGCAGCACGUGGGCCAGCUGCUCUUCCAGCUGCUGCAGCAGGGGGUGCUGUCCCAGGCCCAGCUGGUCUCAGGGUGCACUGACAUCCUGGAGCAGGCUGACGACAUGGCCAUAGACAUCCCCCACAUCUGGCUGUACCUGGCGGAGCUGCUCAGCCCCGUGCUGCGAGAGGGCGGCUUCUCUAUGAGAGAGCUCUUUAGUGAUUUAAGCAAACCAUUACUUCCUGUUGGAAGAGCUGGGAUGUUAUUUUCUGAAAUACUGCACAUACUAUGCAAAACCACGAGCCAUAGCCAGGUGGGCGCUUUGUGGCGCGCAUCAGGCCUCGGCUGGAGCCACUUCCUGUUGGAGGGGGAAGACGUCCAGGAGUUCAUUUCACAACAGAAGCUGCAGUUCACCCAGUGGGAGGGCGUCUGUCCCGAGGCGGCGGCGGCCAGCAGCACCCGGCCCGGAGAGGAGUGGAGCCGGCAGCUGGAGCGCCUGCUGAUGGAGGAGAUGGCCACCGACGAGCAGGUCUUCGACUGGGUGGAGGCGAACCUGGACGAAUCCCAGAUGAGCUCGUCUCCCUUCCUCAGAGCUCUGAUGACAGCAGUGUGCAAGGCAGCGGUGAGGGACGAGAGCAGCCCGUGCCGUGUGGACACUGCCCUCAUCCAGAGGAGACUGCCUGUGUUACUGAAGUACCUGAACUCAGACACGGAGCGACAGCUGCAAGCACUUUACGCACUUCAGGCCCUGAUAGUCACCCUCGACCAGCCCCCGAACCUCCUGCGGAUGUUCUUCGACUGUCUGUACGACGAGGACGUGAUCUCGGAGGACGCCUUCUACCGCUGGGAGGCCAGCGGUGACGCGGCGGAGCGGGGGAAGGGCGUGGCGCUGAAGUCCGUCACGGCCUUCUUCACCUGGCUGAGGGAGGCAGAGGAGGAGUCGGAGGACAACUGACGAGGAGAGCCCCUCCCUCCUCCUCCCCACCAAGCCCAGGAAAUAAACUAAAGAACUGCAGAACCCUGGAGACGACAGCGUCCUGGGGGGUCAGCGGGCCGCUCACAGCCGACACUGAAAUGUGUUCUCCUUUUUAUUUGUUUUUAUUUUUCAGUUGUCGCCCUCUCCCCCUCCCUCUCCCUCGCCCCCUCCCUCUCCCCCCCCCUCCCUCUCCCCCCCCCUCCCUCUCCCCCCUCCCCCUCCCCCCCCCCCCCAUGCGUGGUACGGUUCCUCAACACACCGCCAUCUUGGACCUUGGAUCCAAACGGCAGAAGCACUAAAUACCUGUAUUAUACAUAGAAGAUAUUUUUGUUUUAAAUUUUAAACUUACUUUUUUUCUUUCUUUUGUUACUUUUUAAAGAAGAGACUUACAGAAAAAGGACAAAUAGCCUCUGGACUCUUUAAUUUAUUAUUUUUUUAAAAGGACUGCGAAUAAGGAAUUUUAUUUAACAUUUGCAGACACUCACGGAAGAGGCACGGGCCGCCGUAGAAAUAACAACCGUAUGAUUAUUAAUGAUUAUAAUAACACACGCACACACACACACACAGGGUAGAACUAAGGUCAUUGGGGACUGACCGGGAUGCAGAGGGACCUGAGUGGACACACGCGCUGAGCGGUAUGCGUGACGUACGCACACACACAGGUGUAUGCGUGACAUACACACACACAGGUGUAUGCGUGACAUACACACACACACAGGUGUAUGCGUGACGUACACACACACACAGGUGUAUGCGUGACAUACACACACACACAGGUGUAUGCGUGACGCACACACACACAGGUGUAUGCGUGACGCACGCACACACAGGUGUGCGUUUGGCAAUAUGAGCUUCGACAUGGUUACCGUGUGGGUAUCCAGGAAGUGUUUGGCUUGCUCCAUGUGAUCUGUACAUAACCCCGCCCCCCCCCCGCCCCACCAAUCAGAGCCCACAGAAUGCCUUUGCCAAGACCAACGCCAGCUUGUCCACUCAGAGCUCUGGAGUGACCCCGAGUACACCGCAACGGCCAACGACCAACGGGAACGCCCGGACGACCGCUACGAUGAGCAUAAUGCAAGUUUAGGCGACAACAAAAAAACACAGAAGCAGAAGCUGGGGUUGCAGAACAUGAAGUGCUUGUAAAACUUCAGACCUACAGAUUUAAACGCUUGUAAAUACAUUAAAGAGAAAAAAGGUAUUUAAAAAAACAAAA